ACUAAAGAGAGGAUCCAAUUGAAAACCGGAUUAGAUUUUUACUAAAUCAAGCCUCUCUCUCCUCAAAAUCACCAAAAAAAGAAACAAACUUUGAAUGGAUCCUUGACCAACUCCAUCACCAUUGCACUCCCAAAGGGUUCAUCACGUGACCCUCUUCGUCUAACAACAACCCAGGUUCCAUUUUCUGUUGCUACCUUUGCUUAGAACUUGUAAGAGAAGGAAGAAAGGCUUAUCCUCCUUUCAAUGUUACUAGACAAUGGCUGGUUCAUCAACCAAGAGGUUUCCUCUCUACGCUAAGGACUACGAGCUCUUUGAAGAGGUAGGAGAAGGUGUUAGCGCCUCAGUGUACAGAGCCAAGUGCAUUGCUCUUAACGAGAAUGUCGCCAUUAAGAUCAUGGAUCUUGAGAAAUGCAGAAACGAUUUGGACACAAUACGCAAGGAAGUUCACAUUAUGAGUUUGAUUGAGCAUCCUAAUCUGUUGAAAGCGCAUUGCUCUUUCAUAGACCGUGAUACCUUGUGGAUUGUGAUGCCUUAUAUGUCUGGUGGCUCUUGCUUUCAUUUGAUGAAAACUGUUUAUCCUGAAGGUUUUGAGCAACCUAUUAUUGCUACUUUGUUGAGAGAAGUGCUCAAAGCUCUUGUUUAUCUUCAUAGGCAAGGACACAUCCAUAGAGAUGUUAAGGCUGGGAACAUACUGGUUCACUCGAGAGGUGUGGUUAAACUUGGAGACUUUGGAGUUUCAGCGUGUAUGUUUGAUAGCGGUGAAAGGAUGCGUACAAGGAACACAUUCGUUGGAACUCCUUGCUGGAUGGCACCUGAGGUUAUGCAGCAAGUAGAUGGAUAUGAUUUCAAAGCGGAUAUCUGGUCCUUUGGUAUAACUGCACUGGAGCUCGCUCAUGGUCAUGCCCCAUUUUCAAAAUAUCCACCUAUGAAAGUGCUGUUAAUGACCUUACAGAAUGCGCCUCCUAGCCUUGACUAUGACAGAGACAAGAAGUUCUCAAAGUCGUUUAGAGAGUUGAUCGCAGCCUGUUUAGUUAAAGAUCCAAAGAAGCGUCCAACCUCAGCAAAACUCCUGAAACACCCUUUCUUCAAACAUGCACGGUCUACGGACUAUCUGUCCCGUAAGAUUCUUCAUGGUCUUUCUCCACUUGGUGAACGUUUUAAAAAGCUCAAGGAGGCAGAGGCUGAGUUGUUUAAAGGCAUAAAUGGUGACAAAGAACACGAGUAUAUGCGAGGAAUCAGUGCUUGGAACUUUGAUCUACAAGACUUGAGGAAACAGAAUCCAGAUAAUGAAAUGUGCAGUUCAGAGAGUAGGGAUGUUGAUGUACCAAAAAGAAUACAAAGGUCAAAGACUAUGUCUUUGGAGAUGUUCAAAAUCUCAGACAAGGAUUUGAUGAGUGCAGCGAGUAAUAGUCUAACAAUAGGUCCGUUACUUCCUUCAUUUCGUCGCAAGUUCCUCCCUGCUAUUGGAUAUAAAGUUGGCAUCCUUUCUGAUGAAAGCAAUGCAUGUCGCAAAAGAGCUGCAGAGGCUCUCGCUCUUGAAGAGCCACGUCAACUAGCAGAUGAUACCAAGCAGACGCUACCUCUUGAAGAGCCAUAUCAACUAGUAGAAGCAUUAGCAGAGGAUACCAAGCAGACGCUAGCUCUUGAAGAACCAUUAGCGGAGAAACCAAAAAAUGGCUACACAGUUAGUCCUAUUGACACAGCAACUGAAGUCCUCCCACUGUUACAGAGUCUUCUAGUACAGAAUGACAUUCAGAGGGAGAAAGUAAUCAGAUUGAUUAGAUUUUUUGAUCCGACUGCUGAAAAUGAAAAUUCAAUCUCAAGAAACGAAGGAGUGCAGAUAUAUCCAUCAAGGGAGAGAGAACUACAAUCUCAAGUUAAUUUCUUGGAGCAAAGUGUUGAGAUACUUGUAGAGGAAGUGAAAAGAAGAAAAGAAAUAAAUGAUCAGCUAGAAGGACAGAUCAGAUCUCUAAAUAGUAGCAGCAGCAGGAACGAUUCUUUUUCUGUAUUCAGUAUUUAAUAAUAUCAUUUUAUAUCAUAAUUACGCAGAAUAACACUUUUAUUCUACAAAAUAAAUUAACUCAAUUUUCACAAUCCUUA